ACAGGCACGCGGCCACUCCUCCGUCCCGCUAGUCCCGCCCACCUGCGCGCCUACUUUGCUGUAGCCUGGUCUUUCCGGCUGCUUCGGAAGCUGCCGGGAGGCGCGGAUUUGAGCUGACUACCCACGUGGAGUGCGCACGCGCCUCUCUUCGCUGGGGGAAGCCCUGAGGGAGUGCACGCGCACCCUACUGCUAUCGCCUGGCCCACACUCCACCAGUCCCAGGGAAAGUGCCCGCGCCCUCCCGCCCGAGGGGUUCUCCGAUAGCUGCAGACAACAUGGCCUCCCGCCAGCUCGCCUUGUUGAGUGUCUCUGACAAGACAGGACUGUUGGACUUUGCCAGAAAUCUGAAAUCGGUUGGUUUGAUGCUGGUUGCUUCUGGAGGGACAGCAAAAGCUCUGAGAGAUGCUGGUCUGGAUGUCAGGGAUGUUUCUGAACUGACAGGAUUCCCAGAAAUGUUAGGAGGACGUGUGAAAACACUGCAUCCUGCAGUUCAUGCUGGUAUCUUGGCUCGUAAUUCUCUGGAAGAUCAAGCUGACAUGGCCACACUUGACUUCAGUCUUAUAAGAGUUGUUGUUUGUAAUCUAUAUCCCUUUGUGAAGACUGUGGCUUCUCCAAAUGUAACUGUUGAUGAAGCUGUUGAACAAAUUGAUAUUGGUGGAGUAACCUUACUUAGAGCUGCUGCAAAAAACCAUGCUCGAGUGACAGUAGUAUGUGAACCAGGAGAUUAUGAAGUGGUAUCAACUGAGAUGCUAAACUCUGAAGCUAAAGAUACUACUAUGGAGACUAGACGGCAGCUAGCAUUAAAGGCCUUUACUCAUACUGCUGAGUAUGAUCAAGCAAUAUCAGAUUAUUUCAGGAAGGAAUAUAGUAAAGGAAUAUCUCAGAUUCCUUUAAGAUACGGAAUGAACCCUCACCAGACCCCUGCACAGUUAUAUACAGUGAAGCCCAGACUUCCUCUUACAGUUCUGAAUGGAUCCCCUGGGUUUAUAAACCUAUGUGAUGCCUUGAAUGCCUGGCAGCUAGUGAGAGAACUCAGAGAAGCUCUAGGCAUUCCAGCAGCUACCUCCUUCAAGCAUGUCAGUCCAGCAGGUGCUGCUGUUGGAAUACCACUUAGUGAGGAAGAGGCUAAAGUUUGCAUGGUUCAUGAUCUCUACAAGAGCCUUACUCCAUUGUCAACUGCAUAUGCAAGAGCAAGAGGAGCUGAUAGAAUGUCAUCAUUUGGUGACUUUAUUGCUAUAUCUGAUGCUUGUGAUGUCACUACUGCUAAAAUCAUCUCCAGAGAGGUAUCUGAUGGUAUUAUUGCACCUGGAUAUGAAGAGGAAGCCUUGAAGAUCCUCUCCAAAAAGAAAAAUGGGAAUUACUGUGUACUUCAGAUGGACCCAUGUUAUAAACCGGAUGAGGAUGAGAUUCGAACUCUUUUUGGAUUACAUCUAAGUCAGAAGAGGAAUAAUGGUGUUGUGGACAAGUCAUUGUUUAGCAAUGUUGUUACAAAGCAUAAAGAUUUGCCUGAGUUUGCUGUCAGGGACCUCAUCGUAGCUACGAUUGCUGUCAAGUAUACUCAGUCCAAUUCAGUGUGUUAUGCUAAGAAUGGUCAGGUAAUUGGUAUUGGAGCAGGUCAGCAAUCCAGAAUACACUGUACACGCCUUGCAGGAGAGAAGGCAAAUAAUUGGUGGCUUAGACAUCACCCCAGGGUGCUUUCAAUGAAAUUUAAAGCUGGAAUAAAGAGAGCAGAAAUCUCUAAUGCUAUUGAUCAAUAUGUGACUGGCACCAUUGGUGAGGAUGAUGAUUUGGCCAAAUGGGAAGCAAUGUUUGAGGAAGUUCCUAAACUUUUAACUGAGGUAGAAAAGAAGGAAUGGAUUGAUUCAUUCAAACAAGUAUCUCUCAGCUCCGAUGCCUUUUUCCCUUUUAGGGAUAAUAUAGACAGGGCUAAGAGGAGUGGUGUAGAGUUCAUCGUGGCCCCCUCAGGUUCAGCUGCUGACCAGAAUGUGAUUGAGGCCUGUGAUGAGCUUGGAAUAAUACUCGUUCAUACAAACCUUCGACUGUUUCAUCAUUGAUUCUGUUACGUACUUUAUGGAUUAUUUGCAAAAAUAUAUCAUGAAUAAUUGUGAACAAUGAUAAUGUGUGAAAUUUUAAUGGCUGUCUUUUGAAAAGACAUUUUAAUCCUAUAUCAUUUUUUGGUUUUUGAAACUGAAGAUUAUAUUAAGAAAAGUUUAUCAAAGAAAUUAAAUGAUGGGAGUGAGUCAUAUGAUUUCAUCUUUGAGGACUGAGCAGCUGCUCUAUAUGAUCUCUACUAUACAUCUUUAUGUAAGAAUACAGUACAUCCCAGCUAUUUGGAAAGCUAAGUAUACUUACCUGAACACGGCCAAGGACUGAGCAGCAAAAAGAUAGGUCAGAAAACUGUUUUUCCUUCAGGCACUUACUCAGAACUUAUUCUUUAUAUCCAAACAGAUUAUGUGCUUUCAUGUACAGAUACUAACAGUUCUAAAAUCUAACGGAUUUAGUCAUUUCCAUUUCAGGCUCCCAGGAAAUUUGAAAAAGCAAAUUACAAUCAACUAUAGAGAGGUAGGUCAGCUUCCCACUGAAAGAAAAAUUACCAUUUUGGCAGUCAGUUCCUGUUUAUUGGAAUACAAUUACUAUCUUUGUACCCUCUGACCCCCUUUUUUUAAGUCAGAAAAAUAUUGCCUAAGCUUACCAUUUGACGGAACAACCACCAGUAUGAAAUUGAAUUUUCCCUGGAGAGUGAUUGUAUAUUCGCUCCCAAAUAAAGUGGAAGCAGUAGUAGCUAAAGAGUGAUAUGAUAGUUGUGUGUUUAAAGGAAAAGUGGGUCUCAGUAGUCCCAGUGCUGUUUCAGGCUUGGGCUCAGGCUGGCCUUUCCUUGUAAUAGUUUUCUCUUCACCUGGAUCUCCCAGGUUAACCCUUUUGGGCCCUCUGCCUAGACUUUGUGCUGAGAUAUACCUAUAAAUCGGUGAUAACCGAUGUUUCUGGUUCUGUAUUUUUUCAGUGGCUUGUAUUUACACAAAUAUUUUGCUUAAAGUGAAUCUUAGGAGUACAGGCAAAAAGAUGACCACCUGAGAGUAAAGGAAUUAGCAAUAUUUUAGUUUUGUGCGUUUCUUUUUAAAUGUAGACCUUUGAUUUCAUUGGUGUAGAAAACUCGGGUUGAAGACUGGUGAGAACAUUCUGCCAAUGCAGAAUGGCAACUGUCCUGCAACUUGGUGUUAGAACAUUUCUGAAGUACUGAAAAGACAAGUGACUUUAUCAGGAUCAUGUACCCAGUGUGUUAGAAGUGGGACUUGAAUCACUAUCUGUAACUUGGAGGCCCUCUCACCACCUGCAGGGCUAGCAUGCAUUUAAUAAAUGCUGCCUCAUGGUUAUCUUUAAGAACUCUACUUACACCGAAGUGGGUAUCUUUUUCAAAUUGAUUCAGCCCAAAUGUACUUGAGGUUGAACUAUCUUAGUACCCUUUAAACAUACUCAACAGUUUAAGUAUAUAUAUCAUCCACCUUCACUUGGUCUAUUUGUAUUCCCAGUUUUCAAACAUUAACAUUGAGAUUUGUGAAUACUGUUCUUUGGACUGAACCUUGCAGCAAGAAUUUGGACUUAACCUAAUAGAGAUGAAAUUAGACUUUGGUGGUCUCUGAUCAGUUCUAUUUUUAUUUCUGUGAAGGGAAUGUGUGAAUUUUUAGCAUAUUUUUCACAUUUUAAAAUCUUGCUUCUUUUAAUUCCUUUAUCUCUGUGGUUCCUUUCAACAUUUUAUGUAUGAUUUGUGAAUUUUGAAUUAAAUGAAAUGCUCCUUGA